AUGUCAGCCGCUCUCGUCAAUGUCGACGACACCGAGGCGAUGGAGCCUACACUGCAGUCCAUCCUGGACCAGCGGUCGCUGCGGUGGAUCUUCGUCGGCGGCAAGGGUGGUGUGGGCAAGACAACGACAUCGUGCAGUCUUGCGAUCCAACUGGCUAAGGUGCGCCGCUCGGUGCUGCUGAUCUCGACCGACCCCGCGCACAACCUCAGCGAUGCCUUUAGCCAAAAAUUCGGCAAGGAGGCCCGGCUGGUUGACGGGUUUGACAAUCUGAGCGCCAUGGAGAUCGACCCCAACGGCAGCAUUCAGGACCUACUGGCUGGUCAGGCCGGCAGUGACGCCGGGAUGGGCGACUUGGGCGGGAUGGGGGGCAUGAUGCAGGAUUUGGCGUUUGCUAUUCCCGGCAUUGACGAGGCCAUGUCAUUCGCAGAAGUCCUCAAGCAGGUCAAAUCACUCUCGUACGAGACCAUCAUCUUCGACACAGCCCCGACAGGGCACACGCUUCGCUUCCUGCAGUUCCCUUCGGUCCUCGAGAAGGCGCUCGCCAAAAUCUCGCAGCUCUCCAGCCAAUACGGCCCGCUGCUGAACGGUUUCCUCGGUAGCAACGGGACACUCCCCAACGGGCAGAAUCUCAACGAGAUGAUGGAGAAGCUCGAGACGCUGCGGGCGACAAUCUCCGAGGUCAACACACAGUUCAAGGACGAGCGCCUGACGACCUUUGUGUGCGUAUGCAUUCCGGAGUUCCUGUCGCUGUACGAGACGGAGCGUAUGAUCCAGGAGCUGGCCAGCUACGGCAUCGACACGCACAGCAUCGUUGUCAACCAACUCCUCUUCCCCAAACCAGGCUCCGAUUGCGAGCAGUGCACAGCCCGCCGUCGUAUGCAGAAGAAGUACCUGGACCAGAUCGAGGAGCUCUAUGACGAGUUCAAUGUUGUGAAGAUGCCGCUCCUUGUCGAGGAGGUGCGCGGCAAGGAGAGGCUAGAGAAGUUUAGCGAGAUGCUGGUCAAGCCCUUUGUUCCACCGUCUUAG